GAUCUUGCGUCAGCUCUGGGAGAACAAAAGGACGCGCACCACCAGCCUAGCCGGCAUCGCUAUUACAUGCAACCACAGCCAUGGCGGGUUUUAUGCAUUUCCUCAAGACCAUCUUCGUACCACUCUUCCUGGCCGCAAUCCUCUACGUCCUCCUCGCCAUGAUAAUCCUCCCCUUUGUACGCCGCCACCGCAGUCGCUACAACCAGUACCUGCCCAUGCCCACUGGCGUCCCAGCCUUCGCGACAUCAGCCUCCUGGCGAACCAAACUGUCCGACGCCUUGUACAAUCUAUUCGCGCCCUCAGCCUGGGGACGGGACCGCACGGUCAUCGACGGCAGUGGACACCACGAGGACGAGCUGUUUGACGACGAGGAAGGCGAGGGUAUGGUCGGUUUUGAACCUAUUGACGAUAGGAGAAGGGAGGCCCUGGAGCAGCGCAGGAGUAUGAUGGAGGAGGAGAGGCGGCUCGGGAGGGAGCUGGAGGAGGGGUUCAAAGACGAUAGUGAGGAUGAGCACGAAGAUGAGAGGCGGCGGUCCCUUUCGCGGAAUCGAUAGGUCGAUGUAUACAACCCAGACAGCUGCCUAGAUGCAUAGGUGUAACUUUACUUCAAAAUACACUCUUCAGAUAUAUAUUUCUUAUUGUCUGCAAUAUUUCAAAUUCACUUCUCC